UCCAGUGGAUUCACACAGAGCGGCCGACCGAGCGAGGGAGAGCAGGGAAGUCCGGCGCACACACGCGGCGUUAAUGUCCACAAACAGGACGCUAAAGCGACUCAAAGUGUGAAAAGAGGAGUUGUGGUUUCGGCGCAGCCCCGCUUCUCCUCGGCUUCACCUCUUCCGCUCGCAGAAAUCAAUGCGGGAUAGUGAUCCGAGUUGACAAGCCCGCUGCGCUACUGUAUAUCCUCUCUCCUCCCUCCUCUCCCGCUCCACAAGAACCAGGAAAUCGUCGAGGUGUGCUCCUUUAUACCGCUAGUGGCUACCCCGUUUACGGGUGUAGAUGCGUGGCUCUUUUUUUCGCCCAUAUUUCUCGUUUGUUUUUUUUUGUUUUUUUUUGUAUCCCAGUAGUUUGACUUCCGAAGCCGGAGCUUCAGCUCUGAAGUCAGCCAAACUUCCCUGCGAGGAGAGGAGCUCCACUCUGGCCGAACAAUGAGUGAGUCGAGUAUUUGCCAGGCUCGGGCCACUGUGAUGAUCUAUGACGAUGGCAAUAAGAAGUGGCUGCCGGCGGGCGCUGGACCCCAGUCCUUCAGCAGAGUCCAGAUCUAUCAUAACCCCGCCAACAACGCCUUCAGGAUAGUGGGACGCAAGAUGCAGACGGACCAGCAGGUGGUUAUAAACUGUCCAAUCGUGAGAGGCCUCAAGUAUAACCAGGCCACACCCAAUUUCCAUCAGUGGCGGGAUGCCAGGCAGGUGUGGGGACUCAACUUUGGCAGCAAGGAGGAUGCUGCUCUGUUCGCCAACGGCAUGACCCAUGCUCUGGAUGUGCUCAACACCAUAGCAGAUGCAGGCUAUGCAACCCUCCCCCGCCCAGUGUCAAAUGGACCUUCUCCAGAAGAGCUUGAACAACAGAGGAGGUUGGAGCAGCAGAGGUUGGAACAGCAGGAACGGGAGCGACAGGAGAGAGAAAGACAGGAGCGGGAGCGGCAGGAAAGAGAGAGACUGGAUAGAGAACGACAAGCUGCUGCAGUCUCUAUUCCUCCAGCUCCACCUUUGGCCCCUGGAGGCCCCGCUCCUCCACCGGCCCCUCCUCCACCCCCUGGCCCUCCUCCGGCUGCUGGUAUCCCUCCCCCGCCGGGACCACCUCCCUCGGGACCACCUUCCUCAGGACCUCCGCCGGCCCCGCCUCUGCCCCCUGCAGGAGGAGGAGGAGGUGGUGGAAUAGGAGGUGGAGGCUUGGCAGCUGCUCUAGCAGGAGCUAAACUCCGCAAAGUAUCCAAGCAGGAGGACGGCGCCCCUGCAGCUCCAAUCGGCAGAACUGACUCCAGCCGCAGCAGCAACUCCUCUAUUGGAGGAGGAGGGGGAGGUGACCUGAUGGGUGAAAUGAGUGCCAUCUUGGCGCGAAGGCGAAAAGCUGCAGACACUGGAGAGAAGCCACCUGUGAAGACACAAGAUAAUGAUGAUUCAGAGCCUCAAGGUCAAAGCGACACCAUGAAAAGACCUUGGGAGAAAUCUACUAUGACCAGGAAUAACACCAUCACCAAGAGCAUGGACUCCACUUCCUCAUUGUCUCACGGUUCCAGGGCGAAGCCUGCUGGCAACAGCAACGAUACAGGUGGAAUGGAUGACUCAGAUUUAGAGAAAAUGAAACAGGAGAUCCUGGAAGAGGUGCGGAAAGAACUACAAAAAGUCAAGGAGGAAAUUAUUGGAGCCUUUAUUCAGGAGCUGCAAAAGAGAAGCACAUAGUUCUGCUGCGUGUCAGGUGUAACAGAGGGAUGUGAUGGAUGUGGUUGAGGCCUCGUUAGGACCUCUCCUCCACUGCGCCCUCCCGUGUAGCCCAGGGAUUUCUCUUUUUUUUUUUUUUUCUUUUUUUUUUUCCUCCAACACAUUUUCUCUUUUCUUUCUGACACAAACACAUGUGAGCAUACUUGCUUAUGUGUACAUCAUGCAUAUUCACUUCAUGUAAAUGGUAACCCAGGGAACCUCCUCACGUCGCCAUCCGGCACUUUUGAUGAUCACUUACUAAUAUUGCGCCAGUGAUCCCAUCUAUCCCAUCUCUCCCCUGCUCAUUCACCCCGUCUCCUUGUGUGUCCUCCAUGUGUUCUGUUCAUUUGAACCAAUUCAGAGCACAUAGCUACAGCCACAGUGGCCCUCCCAAUUCGUCAUCACGUAAACUCAUCAUAACCCUCUUUUCUGCAGAUAUCCUGCUACUUGUGUCUUCUCCCUUCUGCUAUCAGACACACCAUUUACUGAUAGAGCAGUCUUCAGUAUUCAGGGACAAUAUAUUAGUCACAUUUUUACUGUAAAAACAAGAUGCUGGCAUGCUGGGAUCCUUUUUUCUCUUUUUCUCAGUUGACAAAUGUUCAACCUCAAACACUGCGAUAGUUCAGUUCAGACAUCUGCUCGUAGGUAAUUGUCUCGAAUGGUAGUUGGAGGUGGAAAAGCAACAGUAAUCGAGGAUGGAUCAGAGACCCAAACUCCCUGACUACUGCAAUGUCUCUCCAUCAAGUGGACUUUGAGCUCCUGGUAACGGCUAAGAACUGAAACAGCACAACACAAGCUUUCACUGCUGCCAGAUAGAGAAGUUGGAGGAAGAGGAGACAAGCAAAGGGAAUCUGAUGGACAACCUGAGUGCUGUGAAAGGGGAGUGUGUUUAGUAGUAGUUUUAUGAUGUGUGAGAAAUGUAUUCUCUUUGCAUUGCACUUGUUCAAGAGGAAGUGUGUCUGUGUGCCACACUGCCUUGACAGACUAUUCCCUCUCACUCAUAAAUGAGGUAUUUGUUGGCCAGCACAGUGGUCCUACACUGCGCUUCCGCUAGUUAUUUUCUUCCAUUCUAGCUAUGUUUUCUAACUUUGAAACAUGAAAAUGGCCAUGAUGAGGUCAAUUAAUUUGGCCAUGACCAACUGCCUUGAGAAUAAAUAUAUAAAUAUAUAUAUAUAAGGAAAAUAUAUAUUUGUUUUGAGGGAAAAUGUUAGCAAAAAUGAAAUGGUGUUUCUAUUUUAAUUGAAAUGACUGGUGAAUGGGGAUUUUGUUUUCCUUUUUUUUUCAAUGAUUGUUUUCAUAUGAAAUGUUAUUUUGGGUUUACUGUUUCUUUUUUCUAAUAGAGUCUAGGCUUUUUACACUGAAAUAUUAAGAAAACAGCUUAGAGACACUGGAUUAGAAAUGCCUUUAUAGUCGAAUACAGCUGCUUCUUGAAAUGCAUUACUUUGUCUUGAGUCAUCUUUUGCAUCCUGUCCUAAGAUUUCUUUGAUUUCAGACUAAUGAAAUUUGAUCAAUUAUGGAGCUGUAUUGCACCAACUUUCUUACACUGAAAUCCAAACUCAUCUGUUAAAUAGAAACAUUUGAAUGAAAGCCUGGCUUAGAAAUGUUGUGAAACAGAAAAAAUAAAGAAAAUGAAAACAAAAA